AUGAUUCAUCAUUACGUUUCACCGUCGCUGACAGGUUUCGCAGGGACUCCCGGAUACUUGUCCCCGGAGGUGCUGAGGAAGGAGGCGUACGGCAAACCUGUGGACAUCUGGGCUUGUGGUGUGAUCCUCUACAUCCUUUUGGUUGGAUACCCUCCGUUUUGGGACGAGGACCAGCACAAACUCUACCAGCAGAUCAAAGCUGGAGCGUACGAUUUUCCCUCCCCAGAGUGGGAUACGGUGACUCCAGAGGCUAAAAAUCUGAUCAACCAGAUGUUGACCAUCAACCCGGCUAAAAGAAUCACCGCCCAGGAGGCUCUGAAGCACCCGUGGGUCUGC